AUUAAUCCAAAAAUGAUAAUGAAGAGAAAGUAAACUCAAAAGAUUGAAUUUGAUUAAUCGAUUGUUAAAAGUUCAAAUAUUGAAAUUCCUCUCAGACCAAACUCAGGCAAAUUAGCUUACAUUAUUAAAUCACCUUUGCCUCCUAGAAAAGCUACAUACUCUUAACAUUAAAAUCAAAGGAAAAAUCCAAAAGAACUACCCUUACCUCAGGACAUGAAAAUUAUUAAAAUUAGAAGUAUUACACCAAAUCAACAAAAAGUAUUUCAAUAUCAUGUAUGUUUCAAUAUUUUAUGAUAAAGAAUGCUAGCCCUGCUAAAGUGAUUUUAAGAUAACCUAUAACUUAAUCAGAUAAGAAAAUAUUAGUUAUUCCCAAAAGACCAGAAAAAUAAUAAUUUAGAAUUACAAAGAAAAUAAAUUCAUCUGUUGAAAGAAAUAAUUCACCAUUGAAAGUAGGAAGUGCAAAUCGAGGUUACGAAUAAUAUUGGGUAAAUUCUGAAUCAACUUAAGAAAUAGAUUAUAAAAGGUAGAAAAAAAUUAAUAUCAGAGAAUAACAUUAUAAAUAGUAAAAGCAAGAAUUUUAAAAUAAUAUACCAAAAUGUGCUUAGGAUUUUUCUAUGACCUCACAUAUAAAUGAUUUGCCUUAAUUAUUAAAAAACUAUUAAUAAGAGAUAAAAGAAACUCGUCAACUAUACAUGCAUGAUAAUUCACCUCCAUUAAAUAUGAGUGGUAUCAUAUAAUUCAAAUAAUAGAAAUUAUGGAAAUCAAUGAAGAUGGUCUUUCCUCUUUAGCCCAAAGCACCUAUCAUUAUUAGAUGCAUUGA